ACAGGUUUUUGAUAGGCUGAUGGAGGGGAUGGAAAGAAAUAAUAAACACAACUGCGUGCGGGUACGUGCGGUUCUCCUCGCAGCUCUGUGAAGUAGAGGAGAAAAGAAGGAGGGAGGCAGUGCUGCAGCUCACAGAGGGCUCGUCUUUCAAACGACAGCUCUCAGCGCCGGCGGGCGGGUCCUGCGAAGCUUUUGUAACCACCACCUGAAGAUCUCCUCCCUGCAUCGGUGUACAAUCCUCCAGAAACUUCAUCCAAGCCAUAGAUUGUAGAAGAUGGCAGAAGAAGGAAAGCAGGUGACAGGUUAUCUCCUGUUCUCUUUGGGCACCGCUGUGAUCGGCUCUCUGCAGUUUGGUUACAACACAGGAGUCAUCAACGCUCCAGAGCAGAGACUACGGUCGUUCUUUAACAACACCUGGGUGGAGCGUUAUGGCGUACCAAUCAGCCCCGGGACCUGUACCAUCGUCUGGAGUGUUGCUGUCGCCAUCUUCAGCGUGGGCGGCAUGGUGGGCUCCUUCAGCGUGGGCGUCAUGGCAAACAGAUUUGGCAGGCGUCGCUCCAUGUUCCUGGUGAACUGUCUGGCUGUGAUCGGUGGUCUCCUCAUGGGCUUCUCCACCAUCUGCUCCUCCUAUGAGAUGGUGAUCGCAGGUCGCCUGGUCAUCGGCCUGUUCUGCGGUCUCUUCACCGGUCUGACUCCCAUGUAUGUCGGCGAGGUGUCACCCACUCCCCUCAGAGGAGCCUUCGGCACUCUUCAUCAGCUGGGGGUGGUGGUGGGCAUCCUCAUCGCUCAGGUUUUCGGUCUGGAGGCUCUGCUGGGUUCAGACAAGCUGUGGCCCCUGCUGCUGGCCCUCACUGUGGCCCCUGCUGUGCUGCAGUGCAUCCUGCUGCCCUUCUGUCCUGAGAGCCCUCGCUUCCUGCUCAUCAACCUGAAACAGGAGGAGCAGGCACGAAAAGCUUUGGUGCGUCUGCGCGGCAGCGAGGACGUGAGUAAAGACCUGCAGGAGAUGAAGGAGGAGAGCGCUAAGAUGGCCAUGGAGAAGAAGGUGACCAUCGUGGAGCUUUUCCGCUGCGCAGCGUAUCGACAGCCCCUCCUCAUCGCCGUCAUGCUGCAGCUCUCCCAGCAGCUGUCAGGGAUCAACGCUGUGUUCUACUACUCCACCGGCAUCUUCAAGUCUGCAGGCGUGAAACAGCCGAUCUACGCCACCAUCGGAGCCGGCAUCGUCAACACCGUCUUCACUGUCGUUUCCCUCUUCCUGGUGGAGAAGGCGGGAAGGAGGACCCUGCACCUGCUGGGGUUGGGUGGGAUGGCGUUCAGCGCUAUAUUAAUGACCGUCUCCCUCCUGCUGAAGCACUACUCUGCGAUGAGCUACGUGGCCAUCAUCGCUGUCAUGCUCUUUGUGGCGAUGUUUGAGAUGGGCCCCGGUCCAAUCCCAUGGUUCAUUGUAGCCGAGCUGUUCUCCCAGGGGCCGAGACCGGCCGCUAUGGCUGUGGCCGGCUGCUGCAACUGGACUGCCAACUUCCUGGUUGGAAUGAGCUUCCCCAAACUAGAGGAAGUGCUCGGGCCUUGGGUCUUCCUCAUCUUCACCGCCUUCCUCGUCCUCUUUUUCAUCUUCACCUUCAUCAAAGUCCCCGAAACAAAGGGCAAGACCUUCGACGAGAUCGCCCAGUGCUUCGGCAGCGCCCCGCCUCCCUCCUCCUCCGCAUCCGUGGAGGACCCUCCUGCCACCGCCAGCACGGCCAUGACGCUCCCCGCCUCUCCUGUAAAGGAGAAGGUGCCGCUGGUCGGAGCGCCGGCUGCAGCUCCGCCCCCUGCAACUGAAAGCACGCCGCUUGAUGAUAAAUCAAAGUCCACAGUGCAGGGGAGCGUGUAGAGUACCUGUUGUGGUGGAUUAAGGGUUAUAAAUGAAGGAAGAAUAACAGAGAUUUUAGGGAUUGUGUAAAUUGUAGUCAAAUAUCACACCUUGAAACAAUAGAAACUUUUAUAAUAGACCUUCUUAGAACAACAGCAUUACCAACAUACAGGCUCUGACCUUUAAAAGGUUGUGCUUUCGCGAUUACUCCUUAGACUUCUUAUUUUCCUCAGACGUUUACUACAAAUCUUUCCUUUAGCUCCUCCCCUCUGAUCAAUGAAAGGGUGGAUGAAAUAAACUGUACAUUCCUAAAGGAGAAAAGCUCAUUUAAGGUGAGUGUUGUCAGGAUGACACCUUUCCAACACGACAAACACAUGUCCCGUUGAGGAAAGAGUGCUAACAGGUUUAAAGUAAAGGUCCAUUACUGCAGACUAGAGGCAGAGUGUGUCGACUCUGUGCAGGUGAACAGGUGUUUCCAGAUGUGUUAAGUCCGUGCACUUCAUGUGUUGUGAGUAAGGUGGCUUUGGAUGCACUUUUUCUUAAUUCACUUAUUCCUGUCGUAGUGGAUCUUUUAGUGCAAUAUUGUAGCUGUAGUUUCACCGUGUCCUAUUUAUUUGUGAUCGACCUAUUUAUUGUUUUUAAGUGUUUUCAAACCGCAGACUUUAGGGAUUUAGGAAGUGAACGCUCUGCCUUCAUCUGUUAGAAACAGACUGAGAGCUGCAGAGAUUUUUAAAAAUGCCAAAGUACUGAGUUUUGAUUUCCACCCGGUGGACACGUGACCUCAAGCGUGUUUUUCCUGGUCGUUUAAGUCAGGGUGAAAAAUUGUGCAGCAGCCACAGGUUAGAGGAAGUUAUUCAGUUUAAUUAUGACGAAGUGGUUAAAGCUGCAGUCCGCAAGUUUACUCACCUGAGGAUCUAUUGUGUUGGGAUAUGUUGCAGAUUGGUAGUACUGAUUGUUCGUGGCCUGCCGACACACGCAUAUAAACUAAAUCCAUUUACACAUGUAGAUCACAUUAGGGUAACGUGCAAUGUAAAUUAUUUUGUUAAACAGACAUUAAGAGUAUUUAUUGUAGAGAUAUUUUUUUUGUAAAAGUAUUUAAUUCUAUAACAUCAAAGGGACUUUAAAACCAGCUCUGAGGUAAAAGUAGAAUCUGGAGUCUGUAGUGCGCUAAGCCGAUGACGUGAAGUGACUGACGCAGGACUUUCACCAGAUACAUGUCCGGUCCGUCUCCAAUCCGCUGCGGUCCGGCUCUGGCUCUCUCGUCCGUCAACACCCACCGGUUGCGCUUUCAGAACGCAGCAUGGAUCAGGACCGCCCGGCAGCUAGAGUCAUGUGACCGAGGUUUUCCCACGGCAAUCACUGAAUCAAGGUUCCGGCAAAAAUAGAAGUCUUGCGUAUCUGAUCUGGAGGGGAUGUAACCCGCCGGAUCAGAGACGCAGCCGGAAUGCAAAAGAGUGGAUCCAGUGGAAGUUAACACAUUGACUAGAAUAGAAACCUAUCAGAUGGAUCGGAGAUGGACCGGACACUGAUCUGGUUGAAUUUGGCCGUGAGGGUUCGAUCAUGUAAAUCUCCUCCGUCCCUCGCUCCCUCUAGAAGCACUUUGUUAACCAGUUAAUUAGAGAAGUGAAGCAUUAAAGUCACAAUCACUACGAGGGGCAUUUUAGCACCGCAGCGCUUUCUGUCAAAUUAAUAGAGUAAUAACUAAACUAGAUUUAAUACAGCGGCUGUGAAUAUCCAACCCAGCUGUUGUUAGAAUAGAUGAUUUAUAUGAAACGUGCAAUCAAUUGAAGACCUGAAAAAGGAGGACAUGAAAUUAGGCAACUGAAGGGGAAGUGCUAAUACUGUGAACAAGAACGGGUCAACAACAGAGAAAGACCAUUGUGAUUUGGUUAUAAAUUUAUGUGAUUUGAAUCUAUUUUUUUAUUGUUUAAUCAUUCAAAGAGUGGAGAUUCGAUGUGUUCACUGUGUACUAUAACUACAGAAAUAUAUAUUUAAAUUUGUUCGCUGCAAGUUUGAUGCUUCCAUUCAAAACAAAGAGUGUCAUUAUGAAAUAUUUGACCACUUUAAAAACCUUUUAAUUACUGAACAGCCGGUCUGACUUGUAAUUUAAAAAGCAAAGAGAAAGAUUUUAUUUAUGCAAGGCAGCUUAGAAUUCUUGUUUCCAGUAUCUGAAUGCCAAUUUAUAGACCAGCACAGCUUCUCAGAUAGAAGUUUAAUUGCUGUCUGUUAAAAUGUUGAAGUCAAAAGGCCUGAUUCACCGAGGGAUUGUUUGGCUAUUGCAGCUGUUGAAGCUGUGCUAAUGAGAGUGUAAGAUGCUGUCUAAUUCACAAAGCGUGCACAAAGGGUUAAAUGUACCACAAACUGUGCGGCAGAGCAUACACCGUCUCUGUGGAGUUUCCCAGUGCAGAUCUGUGCAGCAGAGAGCGGAGAUGCUGACAAUUCAUCUCUACAAUUAGACACAAAACAAGAGCAAAUAUAGCUGCAAAAGUUCGAGAUGCUGACAGUUCAUCUCCACAAUAAGACACAAAACAAGAGCAAAAGGAGCUGUAAAAGCUAGAGAUGCUAACAGUUCAUCUCUACAAUUUGAUGCAAAGGAAGAGCAAACUGCACAGAGCUACAAAAGUUAGAGAUGCUGACAGUUCAUCUCCACGAUUAGACGCAAAACAAGAGCCAACAGAGCUGCAAAAGUUAGAGAUGCUGACGGUUCAUCUCCUCGAUUAGACACAAAACAAGAGCAAACUGCACAGAGCUGCAAAAGUUAGAGAUGCUGACAGUUCAUCUCCUCGAUUAGACACAAAACAAGAGCAAACUGCACAGAGCUGCAAAAGUUAGAGAUGCUGACAGUUCAUCUCCAAAAUUAGACAUAAAAGAGGAAUAAACUGCACAGAGCUGCAAAAGUUAGAGAUUCUGACAGUUCAUCUCUACAAUUAGACACAAAACAAGAGCAAACUGCACAGAGCUGCAAAAGUUAGAGAUGCUGACAGUUCAUCUCCACAAUUAGACACAAAACAAGAGCAAACUGCACAGAGCUGCAAAAGUUAGAGAUGCUGACAGUUCAUCUCUACAAUUAGACACAAAACAAGAGCAAACUGCACAGAGCUGCAAAAGUUAGAGAUGCUGACAGUUCAUCUCUACAAUUAGACACAAAACAAGAAUAAACUGCACAGAGCUGCAAAAGUUAGAGAUGCUGACAGUUCAUCUCUACAAUUAGACACAAAUCAAGAGCAAACUGAAAAGAGCUGCAAAACCUUUCGUGUAUAUUUGCACUUGAAUAAAGUUAGCAUAAUAUGCUUUUUGAAUUAGACUUUGAGACUGAAUAUUACGGCGCUAAUGAUGCUUCAAAGACUGUAACCUUCUGUUCUUUCAGUUAAACUUAUGAGAUGUUUUUUUCUGCUUCUGAGCAAACUGACUGAAUUGUUCAAGAACUUAAACUUCUGUCUGCUCCAAAGUCAAAAUUUGUUCAUGGAAAGAAACUUUUGUUGUGUAUUUCAAGAUGCUGAAAGACAUGUUGGGGUGCUUAAAGCCUGAUCCGAUUUUGUGAAAUGCCAUUCAGUUUGCAUAUUUUAAAUCCUGCUAAUCUUUACCAUCACUGAUACUUCCUAAAUCAAAAAUUGCAUUGUGAUUUUGAGCCAAAUAAUAAUUCCAAUAUUGAUAUACCUGUAUCAGUAAUCAAAUAAACAAAUGUUUCAUCCAUAAACAAAGACAUCUUGAUUUGAACUGACGAUGAAUCUCUUCUGGUGUGUUUGCUGGCUCUACUUCUGGAGUCCAGAUGAUGUUUAGAUCGUGAAGCUUCGUCUGAAAAGUCAGCCAUGUGUAGCAGAGCGUUGUCAAAAUGUGCAGAUGUAUGAAAUCAGACACUCAGUAUGUUUGCUGUAACAGUGAAUGACAUGAAGUAUGUUUUCUGCACUCUUCACUGAGUGCUCGAAUCACCGGAGAGAAACAGACUUUUCACUCGACAGCUUCACUUGAAAAACACACGUAUGAAAUUAAGUUGAUUUCUUUGGCUACACUGGAAAUAUAUUGAACCUCAAAUGAAGUGUAACCCUGGUUCAGACAAACUUCCUGCCUUGUUUCAAAGACUGAUGUGCAGACACAAAAACACGAAAGUACGUCACUCUCUCAGAGUUUACUGGUGGUGGUGGGGUCAUGGCUUUGUUGUGUAUCACUGUGUUUGUGGACGAUAGUGUCGUGCUGUGUUUGCACUGGCGGAGGUGUGUGUGCACUCCUCUCGUGAUAAAGUGUUCAGUGUUGUGUUCGGCCUCUCCCGUAGGGUCCCGCUUCUGUCUGUGGCUUCUCCUACACUCUGCUCCUUCACGAUAACUCUAACUCUGCACUAACACUGAACCUGACCGAGCCUGAGUCCAAGGAUAAGGGUUUUAAAUGCUUUCUGUUACUCAGCGUGGGUUUGUGAAAUCAAUUAUAACACAACUCCAAGAUUUGUCAAUGUGGCUCUCCUUUUCGGGGACUUUUAAUUAACAAGCUGGACAUCUAUAUCCAUGAAAAAAGUGAUGUGGCUUGGUGUGCCACUUUGAAAAUCAUAUUAAGAAUGUAAGUUUCAAGUGCAGCUCUGCGACAUAUGGAGCCCCUGAAAUCUUAAAAGGUGAUCUUUUUUUAUCUUGUGCAUACCGAUCAUCAACUUAUAGGUACAAUUCAUUAUCCCGUUUGCACAAAUUAUGACCUUGUGUGUAAUAAUAAUAAUAAUUUUAUUUGUAGAGCACUUUUCAAAAACCAAGUUACAAAGUGCUUUACAUGGACAGCAGUUCAUAAAAUCGCACAAAUCAAGAUAAAAACAUACUUUAAAAGACAUAAAAUUCCCUUAAAAGAACUCUAAAGGAAGACCACUAUUUUAAAAUAAAUUUCUUAAGAUGGUUUAAACCAAAUAAAAUCCAGAUAAAAUCAGGAAAGGCUCUAUGCUUAAAGUAUGUUCUCAGAAGAGAUUUAAAAGAGAUCUAUGACUCAGCAGACCUGGUCCUGUAUGCACGUCCAGCCAUUACACCAACGUGACCAUUAGUCUUUACGCACCGUUAAGGAACAGCCCAUUUGGUUGUAGCGUUAGCCGCAUGCACGACUGCAAAUAAUUGGCCAAUUACCUAAUUGAGCCAUGACAGUGAGGCUGGUGCAAAACGUCAUAUGUCCAGGGAACCUCCUGGAAAACCCUGAUCCAACAAAUUCAAAUUGCGCAUGCUUAUUACGCAUAAGCAACAAAAAACAUGGCGAGCGGUACCGGUGUGACUGAGAGAAGAUCAAGGAAUAACAAACUUUCAGUGGAAGAAGAAAUGGACAUUUUAUUACAAGAAUAUAGAAUGAACAAACAGCUGUUAUCAGCAAGUCAGUCAUCAAAGAUAACAAACAAGGAGAAAGGGAAAGUUUGGCUUAAGAUCUUGAAACGGGUAAAUGUGUGUGGUGUUUCUGAGCGCACAGUAGAAGACCUACAAAUAAAAUAAAGUCUUUGCAUAUUUGGUCUUAAAUGGUAAUGCAUAAGCAUGAUGUCCUCCAUCCUUUAAACAGCCUAACAGGUUUGGUAAACCUGCCGUUAGCACCUGUAAUGGUUGGGUCUACCACUAUUAAAUGUAAUGCUUUGUUGGGGCGUUAACCUGGCUCAUGCAUACCGCUAAUCCAUUGUUUUUUCAGCAUUAGUACAAACGGCCCGUUUUGAUCGCUAAUGACUGGACAUGCAUACGGGCCCUGAUGUUCCUUCGCUUGUAUGCACCAGCUACUUUCUUGCAUGCACAGGUUAAUAAUCUUGUGUGCACAAGAUAUAAGAAUAUGCACAUAGGAUAAUUCACACGAUAAAAGUUACCACCUUUGCAGGACAUCAAGGGCUCCAGUGUGGCAUACGACAGGCUUCAAUCACACCUAGUACUUGCCUCCUCUGGGGAUGAUAUAUGUUCAAAGGUAGAACUGCACCUUUACAAGUAAGACAGGGUUGAAGAUACGUGCCUUGUUCGAGACAUUUUUGCAGACAAACUAUCAUUAGUUUCUACGAUAGGCUGCAUAAGAGAAGUGGUUACAGUAUUUCCUCCAGCACAGGCAUUAACUUCACAGUUUAGGCCGAGUCUACUUCCAUCUGGUUGUACUGCACUAACAUGCUAAAGAGUUUACGGCUCUUAUGCAUGUAAAUGAAACCCAACAUAAAGUAUGUGAAAGGAUUUGAAACCCUUAUUUGGACUCAGGUGCACGCCGCUCCUAACUGACGCCAUAUGCACAACUUAAAUGCCUCCACUCACUGUAUAAAAAGAUAGGAGAGUUAAAGUAUUCCUUUGUAAAUAUGUAUUUUUUACAAGAGUAGUAUUUAUAUGUGGGCUUGCACGGUCAUACCGUAUGUGUGUGUGGAUCAUUCUUUCAUUGGGGUGCACAUUAUUCACUCAUUUUGUAGAGGUGUAGUGACGGUUUGUAGCUCAUUUCAGGCAGCUCGUCAGUCUCCUGUCAUAGUUUCAUUCUUCUGUCUUUGUGCUAAAGACUAAACCUCUUCUGUUUGUGCUUAUUCUCUUCUCAUGUCUCACUUAUUCACAGCCGUGUACUUUAACUUCACACAGAUUGUUGAUGGUAGAUUCUGGCUUCUGCAAAAUAUCCAAACUACUGUCUAAUAAACGAGCUCUGACAUGAUGAACCAUGUAGCGUCUCAGACUGUCUCAUCAGAGUGCUUUAGCCGCGGUGAUGUUUGUUCUUUAUUGUUUGUUGGUCUGUGUGUUAUAACUGUAAAUAAAUGUACCGACUGUGUUGUAUGUUUGACUAUCAUGUACUGUAAGUUUGCUCUUUGUGCCUCUCUGCACCUCACACAAUCAAAGACUGUUAUUGAACUGUGUGGUUAUUGGAACGCUUCCUGUGCUUCAGUGUAAAGAUGUCAGGUGACUCUAUCAGGUGCUUAGUCAAAUUCAAUCUGAUCAUUCUUUGGCUUCAAAUUGGACUCCUCUUCCUUGUUUCAGUGGCAUGUUUGGGGACUAAGUGUCGACUUUUGGGUGAUUUGUGUGAAGUGAACCGUGCAGAUGACUUUGUAGCUUCAGGCAGGCUCUGUGACCUCUCUGUGUGCCACGCAAUCAAUGAUGCACCCCAACUCUUUCUGUUUCUCUUGUGUUUGUACUGUACAUACCAGAUAUAAUGUUGUUCAAUAAAAUAUUCAUCAUCAUGGAA